AUGGCCGCUCCAACUGCCGCCAACAUGAUGAACUACUCUCCAAAGAGAUUGAUCGUAUGCUGCGACGGCACAUGGAUGAAUUCGGAGACCGGAUACACCAAGGGAACUCUCUUGGAGCCCAGAGGCAAACUCCAGAUUCCGUCAAACGUGACCCGCAUCUCGAGAUGUUUUCGCCGAAAGUGCAGCGAUGGUCGAGUGCAGGUCAUUGAGUACGAGUCCGGCGUCGGCACGGGCUCCAACACCCUCGACGCCCUCACCGGCGGCGCCUUCGGCCUCGGCCUGUCCGAACGGGUCCGCCAGGUCUACAACUUCCUCUGCGCCAACUACUGCGACGGCGACGAGAUAAUACUCAUCGGCUUCUCGCGCGGCGCGUACACCGUCCGUUCCGUGGCUGGCAUGAUCGCCGACCUGGGUCUCCUGACUCGUGAGGGCGUGGAGCACUUCUAUCCCAUCUUCAAGGACAUGGAGAACUGGAUGAACGACCGUUACCGCGACGAAUUUCCUAGUAUGCCGUUCGACAACAAGCCCAAGGGAGAGGACGCUGCUGAAAAGUACAGGGCGAGGCUGGAAGAGCGCGGCAUGACCCGUGUUCGCCAGGAAGAUGGAAAGGGAGAUCUGAUCAAGGUCAAGGCUGUUGCCGUCUGGGACACCGUCGGUAGCCUUGGUAUCCCCCAGAUUGCCUGGCUGAACAAGCUCGGUAUUUACGCAUCCAACAAGGAGUACAGAUUCUGGGAUACCAGCCUGUCAGACCGCAUCGAGCAUGCCUUCCAAGCUCUUGCACUCGAUGAGACUCGAUACUCCUUCCAACCCGCUGUAUGGCAACGUUUGGAAGCAAACAGAUCCACGGAUCUCCGACAAGUUUGGUUCCCUGGAAACCACGGCAACUGUGGCGGUGGUUGGAAUGAUCAAGGCAUGGCCAACAUUACUCUCGCAUGGAUGAUGGACCAACUCGCGUCAAUCGGAGUCGAGUUUAACCCACGCGCACUCGAACGCUGCGUGAGUCAAUCAAAUUCCUUCUACCAGGCGCAGCAGAAGAAGAACAAGAAGAUGAAGUGGGCUACCGAACCAAUCUUCACCCAGAACCACCCGCUUCGGCCUUGGGGUCUAGGUGCCAUCCAGAAGACGUCUAGCCUCGUAUACUCCUUGGCCGGAAAGAUCACUCGUUCUCCUGGUCUGUACAAGGGGGUCAACCCCAAGACGGAGGCCAGAGAUGGCCCUUUCCUCAAAGAUACCAACGAACGUAUUCACUCGUCAGUCCGUGUCCGUCUGGCUUGCCAGGGUCUCGGCCUGAACGACAAGGCAACAUGGGAAAACCCAGCCCUCAAGAAACAUUGGGAGCUCGUCCGCACCAUGACUAAGUACCCCGAUCCUGUCCCGCACCACCCUCACUGGGAGCCCGAAGACGACAACGCCAUGUUCGUGGAGCAUCCGAGCAACUCUGAGACCGGCCGCUGGGUUUGGAAGUACUGCGGUACUCACAAGCACACUCCAGAAUGCAAGAUCAUGGUUGAAGAACCGCUUGGACCGUACGAACGACAUUUGCUAAAGCUGACUGGUGGUAACCCGUGCGUGUACCACUGGGCUCAUGAGAACGCUUCGUGA